AUGUAUCAAGUUACAAUCACUCCCCCCAAGGGAGAAAUAGGAUCGGUGCAAGUCACCGGUACAUUUGAUGAUUGGAAACAAACGUUGCCAGCAUUGCAGAACCCAAAAGAAGGAGAUGCGAUCAAGGUCCUUGUUGAUGAAAAAAAGGACAUUGCGUUCAAGUUUAUUCUCAAUGGCACGGAAUGGACUACGUCGGACCAUUACGCGGUGGUCACUGAUGAACAUGGCAAUGCUAACAAUGUUGUUUACGCUGGAGAGUUGACUGUGGUUGAGGAGCCUAGUGGCAAGAAAGGAGCAGCCAAGGGCGAGGACGUGGAUGUGACUCAAUUGGCUGAUGGUGUUGCUGGUAUUGCGAUUGCGAGUGGCGGUGGUGGUGCUGCUUCAGCUGCAAAGGAAGCAUCCUCCAAGGAAGCACCCUCCAAGGAAGCAUCCUCCAAGGAAGCACCCUCCAAGGAAGCACCCUCCAAGGAAGCACCCUCCAAGGAAGCACCCUCCAAGGAAGCACCCUCCAAGGAAGCACCCUCCAAGGAAGCGCCCUCCAAGGAAGCACCCUCCAAGGAAGCAACCAAGGCUGCAGAAGUUGAGCCAAAGCAAGCACCUGUCGAGAGUUUGGCACCUGAGCCCAAGGAAGAGGUUUCAAAAGCGAAGCCCCAGGAACCCGAACCCGUUGAGCCCAAGAAGGAAGUCACAGCUCCAGCUCAUACAGAAACGGAACCUUCCGACACGUUUGCUGCAGUUUCAAGCCCACACACAUCUUCAGACUUUGAACAUCUCGACGUCAAAUCCAGCAGCAAGUCCGAUUUCACCAACAUCAGCAACGACGAUGUGGAAGAACCAGCUGGCUCAGCCGCGCAAAAAGCCACCGAUGACAAUAAACUCAAGAAGCUCGAAAAACCCGUGUUGGUGUCACAGCCAUCGGAAUCUACAAUCCAUGCCGUCCCAGAAACUACCCAAGCUGCGCCAGCUCCUGAUGCCCAAGCCCAAGCUCCUCCACCUCUUUCUUCUUCCUCUUCUUCAACCCCACAAGCCCCCAACAAGCAGCACAUCCCCGGCUCAUAUGUACAGAGACCAGCACAACCAGAAAGACAAGAAAGUGGAAGCAAACGUGAGAGCAUCUUUUCAAGAAUCAAGAAACUAUUCGCAUGA